CGCAGGCGCACUGACUCCACCCUACAAUUCCGGGCUUUUGGCCGUUAGGAGCGCGCUUUGGGGCUGGCGAUCUCCGCUCCCAGACGACAUGCUGCAGAAGCCGAGGGCCCACGGCCGGCCCUGCGCCCAGGCCGAGCGCGAGUGUGGCGACCCCGGCGAGGAGGCGCCCAGCACGUCCCGAGGCGCGACCGGCUCGUCGCAGGGCUCCCGCGCGUCCCUGGCGGCCCCCGCCAUAGGGCAGCGCACCCAGAAGCAGCUGGACCUGAAGGUGGCGGAGCUGGUGCAGUUCCUGCUCAUCAAGGACCAGAAGAAGAUCCCCAUCAAGCGCACAGACAUUCUGAAGCACGUGGUGGUGGACUACAGGGACGUGUAUUCCACGCUGCUCAAGCUGGCCGCCGAGCGCCUGCAGUACGUGUUCGGGUACAAGCUGGUGGAGCUGGAGCCCAAGAGCAACACCUACAUCCUCAUCAACUCGCUGGAGCCGGUGGAGGAGGACGCCGAGGUGAGGGGUGACCAGGGCACGCCCACCACGGGCCUGCUGAUGAUCAUCCUGGGGCUCAUCUUUAUGAAGGGCAACACCAUCACCGAGACCGAGGUCUGGGACUUCCUGCGGCGGUUGGGGGUGUACCCCACCAAGAAGCAUUUAAUUUUCGGAGACCCAAAGAAACUCAUUACCGAGGACUUUGUGCGGCAGCGUUACCUGGAGUACCGGAAGAUACCCCACACGGAUCCUGUGGACUACGAAUUACAGUGGGGUCCGCGAACCCACCUGGAAACCAGCAAGAUGAAAGUUCUUAAGUUUGUGGCUAAAGUCCAUAAUCAGGACCCCAAAGACUGGCCAACUCAAUACUGUGAGGCUUUGGCAGAUGAGGAGAAUAGGGCCAGGCCUGCAUCUAGUGGUCCAGCCUCAUCUUCUUGAAAUCUGAGAUACAUCCUGAGGGCCGCUUGGGACUCCCCAGACCCAGGGUGAAGGACUAGCGAAGAGGAGGUUGGGGGAAGCAUGUUUCUGCUAGGCCUAAGUGUAUUGUAACUUUAGGUUGUAUUGCCAGGGUUUGAUGUUUUGUUACGGUUUUGGUUCAAAAUUUUCGUUUUGAAACGGAUAAAAAGUUUUAUUUUACUGUUAUUUUUCUUAAUAAAGUUUUUGUUUAGCUUUAUAAACUUAACUGGAAAAUUGUAUUGUGAUUUCAAACAUAAGAAAGAGCAUGUGUAAAAAGUAGCCAGUAUCUUGGCUAAAAGUCAGUAUGUUCUUGGGCCUCUUAGGAGCUUACUCUGUUCCUAAUGCCAAAAAUGUCGAAAGUAUUUGGGA